UGUUCGAGUUCUGCGAUGUCACUUCUUGUCACUUCUGACAGCUGUCAGUGGUUAAAAAAAUUGUUGAAUUUCUAUUUGUAUAAAUUUAUACGUUUCAUAUGCUAUAAAUAAUUGAUAUUAUUAUAUACCAAGUAAAAAUACUUAUUAAAUAUGAUAAAAUUAUUUUCAUUAAAGCAACAAAAAAAAGAUGGCGAAUCUUCACUAAGAACUGGCAAUCAAAAAAAGGCAUCAGCUGCACAACUGAGAAUAACAAAAGAUAUAAACGAGUUGAACCUUCCAAAAACUUGCACCACAGAAUUUCCAGAUCCAGAUGAUCUGCUUACUUUUAAACUAAUAAUCUGCCCUGAUGAGGGCUUCUACAGAACUGGUCGUUUCAUCUUCAGUUUCAAAGUGGGUCCCAGCUAUCCGCACGAACCCCCGAAAGUGAAGUGCGAAACGCAGGUCUACCACCCCAACAUCGAUCAGCAAGGAAACGUAUGCCUCAACAUUCUUCGAGAAGACUGGAAACCAGUUCUAACAAUCAACAGCAUCGUCUACGGGUUGCAGUAUCUAUUCCUAGAACCCAACCCGGAAGAUCCCUUGAAUAAGGAAGCGGCCGAAGUUCUCACUAACAAUCGGAGACUGUUUGAGCAGAACGUGCAGAAAGCCAUCCGUGGGGGAUACGUUGGUGGUAUUUACUUUGACCGUUGUUUAAAGUGAUGGAGUGCUGUGUGUAAGGACUUUUGUUGCCAGGAUAUGUUUCAGUGGUUGAUUCGAUAAAUACGUAAAGUUUUAUCUUAUUGAAAAUGCUUGGGUCGAUUAUUUUUUUUUUAACUUAUCUCUUGUGGUGGACAGCGGAUUUCAGUAUGGUUCGUAGUUGUGAUGAAAUUCAUUCAGCUGCUAGGUAUAGAGAUCCUAGUGUUUGUUGACGACUGUUCAGAGUCUUGGUAAAUUCAUUAGCGUGUUAGUUAAUCCAUGUUUUUUUCUGAAUAUUCAUCAAAGGGGUAAGACUAUUCGUACGUGUACUUAGGUGUGAUCACUUGCAGUUGUGAACAUGUUGCACACCAUCAUCACAGAACCAAUGAAAAUAUUCCUAACAGCUGAAAACGUUAUCGACCAUGUAUGACGAUCCACUGGGCAUCAUGCAACAAGAGAUCUCUUAGAUCAUAUUCGUGUUUAACUUGCAAUAUAAUGCUGCCACCUAGUGGGCAUUGAGAAUAUCAGAUUGAUCUUUACAAACUGUUGACUUUAACGAAUUAAUUUUGAAAUUAUAUGGUUCUUACUAGUUUUGAAUGAGAAAAUCAAUUUGUGAAAUUGAGUUCGUGUCGCGCAACUGCGAAACUUUGUAUCUUCCCAAAAAAAUCAACAGCUGAGAAGAAGACUGGUUUAUAACUGAAACCCGAUUGUCCACGAAUUAUUCUUUAUUUGUAGAUCCUGAGUAUAGGCAGCAUUGUUACAAGAAAUUCAAACAAUGGAAGAACUACCUCUGAUUUGUACUUUCAGGAGUCUGGCUGAUGUUUGGGUAUGGGGUUUUCAAAAUUUUCGUAUUGCACUUGGACGAUUAUUCGAAUUGUAAUGGAUGAUACUGUGGCUAGGAGGCUUUUUAAUUUGUUUUUUGUUAUUUAUGCUAAUUCAUCUUACUUUUUAAACAACAUAGAUGGGUAAUUUCUUAAUAAAAUAUUGAAAUAUUU